CCGCAGGGGCCGGCAGAGGCCAGAGCGUUUGUCAAUGCCUUCCUGAAGAGCAGCAUGCCGAAAAAGAAAGAUGAAGCCAUCCAGGAUGUCCUGACUCGGAAAGCUGUGGUUCUCGAGCAUUAUCCCAAAAAAAAGGCGAAGCAAAAGAGGAAGAAAACAAAAGGUUUUACUGCCAAGCAAAGGCGAGAAAUGCGCCUUUUUGAAAUUGAGCCCGAACAGCAAAGAUACGCAAUCUUUCUCCCACUACAUGAACUCUGGAAACAGUAUAUCCGAGACCUCUGCCAUGGACUUAAACCGGAUACGCAACCCCAUAUGGUUCAGGGCAAGCUGCUGAAAGCUGACCUCCAUGGAGCCGUUGUUACAGUCACAAAGUCAAAGUGCCCCUCUUACGUUGGGAUAACAGGAAUCAUUCUACAGGAAUUUAAACAUGUCUUCAAGAUUAUCACUACAGAGGACAAAUUAAAAGUUGUUCCCAAAGUUAACAACGUAUUUAGCCUGGAGAUCGAUGGGUUCAUUUCCUACAUCUAUGGAAGCAAGUUCCAGCUCAGAGCAAGUGAGCGAUCUGCAAAAAAGUUCAAGUUGAAAGGAACUAUUGACCUAUGAUUUCAUGGAAAAUCAGAAGUAUCAGUAGAAUGUCUGCUGGUUCCUGCAGUUCAAAGACCAGGCUUUCUGGCAGAUGGAAGAUGGAAUGGCUACGUAAAAUAUUUCUGAAGUACUUCUUCUUACUGAAGAAUGACGAGUAGCUGUUGCUAAAGCAGCCCCAC